UGGCACUGUACUGCAGCAUUUGCUUAGUAGCCUGCUGUAUUCCCUAGCCUAGGUUUCCGGGGAAAUGCAUGUUUUAACCGAGCCAAAUGCCUGAGUAAGACUAAGCACCGGUUCUGUGCGCCUAAGCCUAUUUAAAAACACAAAACAGUCCACGUCGGAGACCUGGUGAAGGGAUUUCUUGUGGUUAGAUGAUGGGGAAUCCCUGCAGUGUGCGAGACUGACAGUGGAUCAGGACUGUAAGCCCACCAUCAGCUCAGAAGAAGAAUAUUAUUCACAUGGAGCUACAGAUUCGUUCCGGAGAGACUCAUUUCAGUGCGUGAUGGGGAAUGGGCUCCGCUCCGAGAAAGCAGGUUCUCCCAGUAGUGGAGCAGUCUCUUAGCACUGAUUCAUCAUCAUCUUCAUCUUCAUCCUCAACACCACCUUCAUCGUUUAAUAAUUCUGCUGUGCCGCUGAUCAUCAUCACAGCUCCGUCUCGAGAAAACCUCUUAGAAACGCCAGUGGGUCUGAAGAUAGCGGACGCUAAUAAAGAGCCGCGGCCCAUGGGAGGUCCGGUGUUUGUUGGUCGGGGUCGUUUUGUCACCGGCACAGCCUGAUUUACACAGAUGUUCUCUCUCUUUUCAUGCAAACGUCCAGUAAAGUGUUAUAUGUGCACAUUAAUCAUUGAUCCGGACGACCGUGGAGAUGGAAAACACAGCAGAGGCGGAUCUAGGGCCGUUAAAGCUGAAAUCUUUAAGAACCGACAAGACGUUUAUAAUACCGCAGAGUGAACGGUUAGGCAGAUGCAGGAGUGUGAAGGAGUUUGAGAAGAUGAACCGGAUCGGAGAGGGAACAUAUGGCAUCGUUUACCGAGCACGUGAUACAAGGACAAAUGAAAUUGUUGCCCUGAAGAAAGUGCGAAUGGAUAAAGAGAAAGAUGGGAUUCCAAUCAGCAGUUUGAGGGAAAUUAACUUACUGCUCAGAUUGAGACACCCAAACAUUGUGGAGCUGAAAGAAGUGGUGGUGGGAAGCCAUUUGGAGAGCCUCUUUCUGGUGAUGAGUUACUGUGAGCAGGAUCUGGCCAGUCUGCUGGAGAACAUGCAGUCGCCGUUCUCUGAAGCUCAGGUGAAGUGUAUAGUUCUUCAGCUGCUUAAAGGACUGGCAUAUUUACAUCACAACUUCAUUCUUCACAGGGAUUUGAAGGUUUCCAAUCUACUGAUGACAGACAAGGGCUGUGUAAAGAUAGCUGACUUCGGUCUGGCGCGUGUUUACGGUAUCCCGUUACAGCCCAUGACUCCUCGAGUAGUCACACUGUGGUAUCGAGCCCCAGAGCUCCUCCUAGGGACCAAGACGCAGACGACUGCCCUGGACAUGUGGGCCGUUGGCUGCAUCUUUGCUGAGCUUCUUGCCCACAAGCCUCUUCUGCCUGGAGCUUCAGAGAUCCAGCAGCUGGAUUUGAUCGUCCAGCUGUUGGGAACACCUAAUGAAAGCAUCUGGCCGGGCUUCUCGCGCCUGCCGUUGGUUGGGCAGUACAGUCUGAGGAAGCAGCCCUACAACAACUUAAAGAACAAGUUCACCUGGUUAUCAGAAGCUGGCUUGAGACUGCUCAACCUGCUGUUCAUGUACAACCCACAGCGCAGAGCCACAGCGAAAGAUUGUUUAGAUAGUUCCUACUUCAAGGAGAAGCCCUUGCCUUGUGAACCAGAGCUGAUGCCCACGUUUCCUCAUCACAGAAACAAACCAGGAGGUUCUGUGACCGAAAACCAGUCCAAAAGAAGCAAAGUCUGACGUCCUGCUGCCUGCUGACAUCACAGAUGUGUUAUACUUUCCGUUCUUAUACUUUUAAGAUAUUGUACAAAUUAAAGUUCAGUCUUGCAGACAUGAGAUACGAUGUAAAUAAUACAAAUGAAUCUUAGUCAGCGGAGCGGUGAGCAGCUGCUGCUGCUUUUUUGAGCAAAGAUUAAAAAAAAAAGUUUUCUGUUCUGAAUGUCACGUUAUUUAUACAGUAUAAAAAAUGUCACCUUUGAUGUGUUGAUUGUGGGCUUGAUCUGCUUAGUAUUCUUGUUGAUCUGUGAAUCAGUAGCUGAUUAAUCAGAUCAGCCAAAUUACUAAAAAAUAUUACUGAGCUGUUGGCAGAUGUUUUUUUUUUGUCUUUGGAGGAGAUGAAAUUCUGAUUGCCUUCUCAGUUGGACAGUUACAGAUUUGAUAAACCUGGUAUUCAAGGACGUCAGGAAAAUACAAAGAUCAUAACAUUUCUGUGUAACUUGUGAAGACAUGGGUCUUCAUGAGAAUGAGCUUGAAAAGUAUAGUCGAGAGCUGAUGAAGCGGUCUCCUGUCUGAACAGCUCUAGUCUCAGAUUAAAUGUAGUCAUCCUCUGAAUGAGACAUUAGUAAACGAGUUCUCCUCGGCAGGGAACAGCUGAUGACUGCCUUCAGACCCCUCAUCGAGUUAUGAAUCUCAAAAUGCUUUCUAUCAACAAAAAUCAUUCAGCAAAAGAAACAGUCAGUAAGAUAUUGAGCUGGUUUUGUGAGGCACACAAGAUUAAAUUUCUGUAUCGGUACAUUGUGUUUAAUUUUUGCACAUUCUCGUCCCAGCAUUAUCCAACUCCCCUUCUCAAAUAGAAAGUAGGCUUUUUUCUGGAAACAUACACAGCAUGUUCAUAGAAAAUUAUCCUCCGUUAUAAUGUUACAGAACUACUGUCAGAAGGCAGGUUUAUCCAUUUUAACCAUCGUGGAUAGGCUGAAGUAAAUACAGCUGCACAAACAAUGCACAGAUUCUUUUAAAAGUCUUUUUUCUUUUUUAUCAGAUCAGGUUAAUGUUAUCCUUCAAAAUGAAUGACAGCUGUAACACACUUCAUUACUACAACACUUGAUCAGGAACUUUAAAACAAGUGAAAUGUUGAUGGGUGAGUCUGUCAAAUACACGGCCAGGUCAUAUUUCAGCCCGCACUCAAAGGAAAAUACAUCGUCAUUGUCACAAACAUUGUCACCGGAAAAAAAAGAAAUAAAAAUCUGAAAAGUUGUAAAA